AUGGGUGACUAUGCCAAAGCACUUCAAUACUAUGAGAAAGGUCUUUCAAUUCAACAACAAUCACUUCCCGCAAAUCAUCCCGAUUUAGCUACAUCCUACAACAACAUCGGUCUGGUGUAUGAUCAUAUGGGUGACUAUGCCAAAGCACUUCAAUACUAUGAGAAAGCUACAUCCUACAACAACAUCGGUCUGGUGUAUGGUGCUAUGGGUGAUUACGCAAAAGGUUGCAUAUUUCUGGAACGUGGUAGAGAAAUUGCUAAACAGCCAUUGCCAGCAACUCAUCCUCAGCUUUCAGCCCUGGAGAGAAGCGUGAAACAUGUAAAGGGGAAGCUAUGUUAUUGGCGUCGCGGCUCACAUGGAAAAAUGAAGCUGUUGAAAGACAUUUUUGGUGAAAUUUGCAGAAUGAGCUUUGAAGAUUUAAUUUGA